UCGAAAUAGUGCGCAACUACGUACGCGCAAAAACCAACAUGUCAGCGCCCCUGUGCAGCACUUCUCAAAGAACUUCUCUGGCUUUAGUGAUGGUUAGCUAGUUACGAUAAAUGAAAAUCCAGAAAAAAACGUUUUAUGGAAAAUAGUCGUUAUGGUCGAUACAACUGUACACACUAUCCAAAACCCUUCAGAACGUCAUAUCACUUCAAUUAGCUGUCGUUGUGUAGUGCAAAACAAAUCAGUUAGCUAACUAGAUAAUAUGCUAAACAAAUCAACAAAUUAUAGAGAGUAAUAUUGUUCCACUGUUGUAUUGAGCCUUUUAUGCGAACCAUUGUUUAGUAUGGCAUUUACUCAAGCAGUCAAAAUGCACGUAGGGAACGUGUGUGGUCGGUCCUGGAUGUCCUCUUACCAGAGGGGGUCUACUAUCAUGUCCCAAAGACAAAGAGAUUACGGAGCGGUUCUAUGCGGUAGAUGUCCAAAUUCGUCCCAAAAGCUUUGCCCAAAUAGUAGAGCUAUGCAUGCAACUCAGCCAUUGAUGAUUACGAAGUUACUGUCAAUGGACGAGAUCUUUGCCAGAAGAUCACUACAGGACUACUUCAAGAAGAUGGAGACAGAGUACAGAGAUAGUCUGACAGUUGUCAACAUGACAGAGGGACAGCAGGAUGGUGAAGAGGAAUUGAAAGUGAAGAGGACAAGAGUUUCUGUACUAGCCCCACUAAUCCAGUACACCAGAGAGCUUCAGACAAAACAGCAGGAAUUUGCUGAAACUGAAACAUUACUGAAAGAUGACGACCCAGACAUGCGUGACCUGGCAGUCCUUGAGAGGGAGGCUUGUCAGAAAGCGAUUCAAGAUGUUAGACAAAAGAUCCUGUCCCUGUUGAUCCCUGAGGAGGAGUCAGACAUGAGUGACCUGGUCCUGGAGGUCACCGCAGGGGUCGGAGGUCAGGAGGCCAUGCUCUUCACUGCAGAGGUCUUUGACAUGUACCAGAGCUUUGCAGCACACCAGGGCUGGGGGUUUGACAUCCUGGAGUACAUGAAAAGUGAAAUAGGUGGGUUACGGCAUGCAUCAGCCAGUGUCAGUGGUCCUAAGAGCUACAAGAGGAUGAAGUUUGAGGCAGGUGUGCAUCGCGUGCAGAGAGUCCCUAAGACUGAGAAACAGGGCCGAAUGCACACCAGCACCAUGACAGUGGCAGUGCUACCCCAGCCCACAGAGAUCACUUUCACAAUUAAUGCGAAAGACUUGAGGAUUGAAACCAAGAGGGCGAGUGGAGCCGGGGGCCAGCAUGUCAACACCACAGACAGCGCAGUGCGAAUAGUUCAUCUACCGACAGGUGUGGUAUCAGAAUGCCAGCAGGAAAGAUCCCAGCUGAAAAAUAAGGAAAAGGCCAUGAAGUUUCUACGUGCCAAACUCUAUAGUAUGAGGCUGGAAGAAGAGACCAGUAAGCGAUAUACUGCACGGAAAGUCCAGAUUGGUACCAAAGGUAGAUCUGAGAAAAUCAGGACCUACAACUUUCCCCAGGACCGAAUCACAGAUCAUCGGAUUGGGAAAACAGUGCAUGAUGUCAGGGAAUUUCUUGUGGGCGAAGAACUUCUAGAGGAAAUGAAUGUGGCACUAGAGGAGUUCUCUAACCAGGAGAUUCUCAUGGACAUUCUUGGAGAAAAUGACUCUGAUCAAUAAUAGCCUAUGUGGUAGUUUACAUUAAAUCUAUGAAGCUA